AUGGGCAGAAAGGUGGUCAUAGUGGGAAUCUCGGGUGUCGGAAAGACCACCCUGGUCUCUGCCAUCGUGGAGCUGCUCAAGCACAGGAACAAGACCGUCUCUGUGGUCUCCUUUGGCACCAUGAUGUUCGAGGCGGCAAAGAAGGUGGGCGUAAACGACCGGGACAAGCUCCGGCGGCUUCCCAUGGAGCAGCAGCAGAGCCUGCAGAUGCAGGCAGGCACCCAGAUAUCCCUGAUGACAGAGGAUGUGGUGAUAGUGGACACCCAUGCGUUCAUCUCUACACCCGCGGGAUUCUACCCCGGCCUCCCCGAGUACGUCCUCAAGACAAUACGACCGUCAAACUUUGUCUCCGUUACCGCAAUGCCGGAGGAGAUCUACAACCGCCGGAUGAACGACCCCACCCGGAGACGUGACAUCAUAUCGAUAUCGGCCAUAAAGAGGGAGAUGGACGUGCAGAACGCCAUGCUCUCCACAUGCUCCGUGCUCUCAGGAUCCCCGCUCAAGUCAGUCAUGAACGGGGAGGGAAAGGUUCAAGAAGCUGCACAGUCUGUAAUAGAUGCAAUAGGGUUGUGA